GUCGCCCGACGGGGCGCCGAGCCCACGUGUCUCAGGGCGCAGGCGCGGGUAGGAGGCGCGGGGCCGAGGCGCGCGGGACGCGAGGGGGCGGCGCGCCGGCGUGUCCUGCCGCGGCCAUGGGCGCGCAGCCGCCGAACUUCUCGUGGGUGCUCCCGGGCCGGCUGGCGGGGCUGGCGCUGCCGCGGCUCCCCGCGCACUACCAGUUCCUGCUGGACCAGGGCGUGCGGCACCUGGUGUCCCUGACGGAGCGCGGGCCCCCGCACGGCGACAGCUGCCCCGGCCUCACGCUGCACCGGCUGCGCAUCCCGGACUUCUGCCCGCCGGCCCCCGAGCAGAUCGACAGCUUCGUGCGCAUCGUGGACGAGGCCAGCGCGCGCGGCGAGGCCGUGGGGGUGCACUGCGCGCUGGGCUUCGGCCGCACCGGCACCAUGCUUGCCUGCUACCUGGUGAAGGAGCGGGGUCUGGCCGCGGGGGAUGCCAUCGCUGAAAUCCGGCGCCUCCGACCUGGCUCCAUCGAGACCUACGAGCAGGAGAAAGCCGUCUUCCAGUUCUACCAGCGGACUAAGUGAAGGGCCUCAGCUCCAGUCUGCGCCCCAGGCCCUGACCCCCGUGUUCAGGGGUCGGAGACGCGGACAGGCCCUUGAAGCGCUCAGCCCUGCCGCUCCGGCUGGCCAGGGAGACUGGGAGACUGCGCAGCUGUUCCCUGCAGGCAGGUCCUGACCAAAGAGACAGGGGCAGCUGCACUGGGGGACGGAGGGCUCCCUCCGCUGCUUCCCUGAAUAAAUAAGUUCUGAGAACCAGCCCACAGUGCAGGACACCUGCAGCUUGCCGAGCCUCCCGGAGCCCUGCCACCUGGGGAUGCCAUCAGGGCCCUCCCUGUCCUGUGGGGGAGGCAGCUAAGCCUCCAGCCCAAGGCCACGCUUCUGGAAAGCGGAAGGGUGGGCAGGCCCUCUGCCUCUGAAAGGUGCUGAGACUCUGUUCUCUGAUGAUCUCUGUUGUGUCUCCAGGGGAGCUGACCAAUGAAAAGGGCACAAAUUCCCAGCAGCCCCAGGUCUCUGAUGCCCACAGACCAGGAGAGCCCCUGCGGAUACAACCCCCCCACCGAAGUCAAGGCCCCUCUACCCCCUUGUGUGGCAUCUGUUAGCCCUCUCGAGACCGAGAAGGCCUGGUGCUCACAGGUAACCUCCGUCUCCAGCUCCCAAGGGCUGGGUGCCCCCCACCAGCUGUGGGCUGCUCCACUCCCGAGCGAGCAGCGGCCGAUUAUGCCGCCCCACACCUCACACUGAGUGAGGCUGGAACUGAGCUAGCCGGGGUGCUUGUGCCGAGAGGAUAUUUGGUGGCUGAAUGAAGACACUGAGGGCCACAACUCGUGGCUGUGGCUCAGCUGUUACCUUCACUCCCAGCUGGGCCCCAUCCUAGCAGCCCUGGCACCACGCUUUGGGCUUUGAGAGACAGGAUGGGUGGGGCAGACCAGCUGGACAGACUCUCUUCGCUGUGACCUCGGCCUGCUCCAUGACAGGCGGGCUGGACAAGGUAGAAAUGCAUCAGGAACCGCGGACCGAGUGCCCAACUGCGUGCCCCGGGCUUCAUUAGGUGCGGAGGCUUCCCCGUCCAGCACGAUGACUCACAGCCUCCUGGAGGAGAUGGCGCACACCAGGUCCAGCCUCAGACGGUGGCACUGUGAGAGACGUGCCUCCCAGAGGCAGGGGAGACAGAGUGGGAGGAGGCCAGGGUCCCCCCAAGGCCCCCAUCCUGGGUCGCCUAGGCCAGAGGCAGGUCUAAGGCACCUGCUCCUGAUGGAUCUCUCUCCUUUGCACCAUUGCCCGUCCAGCUCAGCGCCCGUCCAACACACACAGUAUCGUAUCAGCCAGAGUCUCACCCUAUGUCUCUGGGAGGGGGAGGCAGGCUGUAAGAUGCCUCCACCUUUCUUCCGAGGUGUGUCAGAGCUAGGGACUCAGUUGGCCAUCCUAUUCCCUCCGUCCCCACCCAGCCCAGCCAGGUCGGGGGGUGUGGGGAGCCCCCAAUUCCAGGCACACAGGCUGCCACAGAGACGUGGGAAGCUGCACAGAGAUGUACUGCACAGAGAGGUACUGAAGUCCCCCCCACCCUACCUACGGCUUCCCAGAAGCCUCCCACAGCCCCUUCCAAAGGGGAGCAUGCAUGUGUGUGUGUGUGUGUGUGUGUGUGCGCGUGCAAGUGAAGGCAGGAAGCAUGCGGACGGCCCACUUCCUGGAUGCCUUCCAGCCGCCUACCAGGAUGGAAACCAGAAGCCGGAGGCUUGACGCUGCACCCAGAGUUCCCUCAGCUCUGCUCUUGCCCCAGCAGGUGGGACAACCAGUCCUCGCACUCAGUGCCCUCCCGAGCUCCCGAGCUCCGUCCGCCCCACAUCUCUGCACUGCAGGAGAGGAACCUGCCCUUCUCUUCCUCCCAAGGCUCCUUCAAAGGAGACAGAACAUUUUUCUAACCCCAUUAGAGGCCUGUGUGCAGCCUCCGUCCCCAUAAUUUAAGCAGAUCUCCGCUGCCUCAAGAGUUCCUCCGGGAAAUAAACAUAUAAUUAUGUGCUUAAGGAAAUCGGUUUUAAAUAAGUAAGAGUUGACUGGAAAUGGAAAACUCUGCCCUUCUCCUUCAUCUACCUCGGGAGGUGAGCCUGAGGCUGCUUCUGGGUUCAUCCCCACCCCCAAAUGUUUCACCUGCUCCCACCUCCUCUCCCGUCCAUGGCCAGCACGAGGCUUCCAGGCUGGCCGUGACCCUUCCCCAUUCUGCCUUCACCGAGGUGAUGGGUGUGAGGAACGAUCCACGUCCACGGACAGAGGACAGAGGACCUUCACGCCGCCUCGCACCAGGGUCUGUUAGCCUCAGCGCUGCUGAUCUCUGGGGCUGGAGACCUCCUUGUUGUGGGCUCUCCUCUGCGCUGUGUGGUGUCAGCAACAUCCCUGACCUCUGCUCACUAGAUACCUGUAGCAUGUCGCCACCCCCGCAAAAAAAAAAAGAAGUGACAGCAAGAAUGUGCUCGGACCUUGACAGACGUCCUCCAGGAGGACAGAAUUGGUCCCAGCUGAGAACCACCACAGUAGAGCAACAAGCACCAGGUGCCACCAUAAGCUCUCGUUUCCCAUGGGAACAUGCUUGGGAAUUUCUCCCUCGGAUGUGGGGGAGAAAGGACCAAACAGCAUCAAACACUCACCUUCCUGAGCGGUGCCCAGUUCCCAGCUCCGGGCCCACCCCUCCCACUGGGUGGCUUUCCAGGAUGGCGACAGACACCAUUACCUCUUGACAUUUGGAAGGGUUUAUUUUCCAUGAGCGCCUGGGGGGCACAGCUGCAGUGACACAGACUCACACCCCCGUGUCUUCAAAGUUCCAUUCAUGUUUGUUGUCUGCAAUGUGACUUGAGUUCCCUGCCGGGAGGGAAGACGUCCUUCUGUGUCAUUCGGGCGCUGCAGCCGUCACCUCCUUGGUUCCUCUCCCAGAGAAGUGUCCUGAUGCGGAAGCAACUGGCAUCAGGACAGGAGGGGCACCGGCCGCUCUGAGACCCUUCGUCCCGGGCCUGGUCCUUCUGCCUCCACUUGAUCCAACCGUGCACACACACACAGGUUCUUCUGCUCUGUGGCCCCAGGUUCUGUAGCUGGCCCCCAGGCAUGCGUCCCCAGCACACAGCCUCCUGCUGCGGAGAUCAGCCUGCAUCGUGGCCACCACCCCUCAGACCUCCCUUGGAGCUCAGCCUCCUCAGCACCCUAUUGCCAUCCCAAACACAUAGAGACCUGACCCGCGGGGCGGCUCCUCCCCAUCCUCCCCCAGGGGAAGGAAACCCACUCCUCCUGCACGGCGCCCCUGCCCGCCCCCCAAGACCCCUCCAGAUCUUCCCAGGGAUGAGCAUGUCACGGGGGCCGGGAUCUGAUCCAAAUCAUCAACCAUCUCCCAGAAUGAACUGCACUCAUUUGCCAAGCCUCCAGUCCAACCUUCUGCCGACUGUGUCGCGUUCUUUCCAAGAAGGAAACCGAGUUGGUCUCACAGGAUCGUUUUGUCACAGAACAACACCAGUUACCACUAAUGUGUUUCACCCUUGUUCAUGACUGUACUUUGUUUACCUAGACGGUUACAAUCGUCGUGUUUAUGAAGCCCCACCACAGGGCAGGUGUUUUUAUGUACAUCAUCACAUCGUGUCAUUUUAUCCUUACAACCACUCUGCAGAUCAGGUAUUUUUCCCUUUCCAGGGGUAAACUAAGGUGUAUGGAACUGGCUGACUUUGCCCAGUGCCUCACACUUGCAGUGAAAGAGCCGGGAUCACAUCCAGAUGUCCCUCCCGCCAGGACCUCCCCCGGCUCCGGUGACACGGGGCAAUCUGCCCUCCUAGUCAGAGCUUGGCAUCAAGGGCCAUCUGACCAACCCAGCCUCCGAUGGCUUCUAUCCCUACCCUCCUAGGAGCCCAGGGAGUAAACAUCGGACACCAGAGCCAACACAUGUGAGCUAUGGGCUGUGCCUGAAAACGCAGCCCGAGCAUUUAAGUCCAGAAUAGCGAAGCUGACUCAUCAGGUCACUUCGUCCCCUCCACAACUACAUAACUCAGAGCAGACGUCGUCCUCACCCAGCAUGACAAUCCGGAGGCACACAGCGAUGGCACUGAGCCUUUGCAAAUGUCUUCUUGUGUCUGAUGAUUUAUUAAAAACUCUAAUAUC